UAUUUUUGUGCAGCAAAUCACACCAACAGAGUGAAUAUGCUUUUACUUCUACAAUUAUAGAUAUAAGAUAGAUCUUAUCUUGUUUAAGCAAUUAUUUGUGCAACCACACUCAUCUCUUUGUAAUAAUCUAUCUGUCUAUAAAUGAACAGCUUUUCAUAUUAAGUCUAUUAUACUACUCCCUUUCAAUAUAUUAUGGCGUCUUCUUCUUCCACCAAAGUAUCCAUGAAGCUUCUUAUCGACACAAAGAAUAACAAAGUUCUCUUUGCCGAAGCUUCAAAACCUGUCAUAGACUUUCUCUUCAACUUGCUAUGCUUACCUAUUGGUACUGUAGUUAAGCUUCUAAGUGCGAAUAACAUGGUUGGUAGCUUAGGAAAUCUGUAUCAGAGCGUUGAAAAUCUGGACCAGAAUUACAUGCAACCAUUUCAAACCAAGGAUGUCCUCUUAAACCCAAAAGCUCAAAGCUCUUCCACUCAAAUCUCAGGCUUCCUUACUCAGAACGAUGUCAAUGAAGACAAAGAUGAAGAAAUAAAGCUGUUCAUGUGUCCAAAUAAGUGUAAGUUUGAGGUGACAAAUGAUAACACAACUCGAUGUACUAGUUCUGUCAAUAUCAACUCUCCUUUUGUGACUCCAGCCUAUUCUUCUUGCUCAAACUUUAUGAGCAGAGAAGUUCAUUAUAUUGGAAAUAAGAAGGUUGAUGAAGAGAAAGUUUCCACCAAUAUUAAGAGUGGUUUUGUGAAAGAUGUUGUAACCUUUAUGGUGAUGGAUGAUUUGGUGAUUCAGCCAAUGUCAACAAUAUCAAGCAUCACACUUUUGAACAAGUUCAAUAUCAAGGAAAUUUGUACUUUGCAAGAAAAGAUCGUUGAGAUGGGAAUGGAUGAGGGAAUCAAAUUGCUUAAGGCUUCUCUGCAAUCCAAAACGGUCUUGACAAGUGUUUUCCUGGAGGAAGAAUUAAGUAUGUGUAACGAGUUUUAAGAAUCUUCAAAGUGUUAAGAAGGAACAAUGAAUUGAGAGAGUUUAGUUUUGUUUUUCCUAGUGUUUAAUAGUUUGCAUGCAAUGUGUUCUACUUUGUGAUAUGAAUGAAUGAUCCAGUCUAUGUACAAAGCUUUGUCGAAAAAGUAAAGGGAAUAACUUUUGAACUGUUUAUUGUAAGAAAAGUCAUUUUACAGGCUGGUAGCAAAUCAUGCACGCGUGUGGCCCACCUGUCAAUCAUCUCUUAUCCACAAAAUUAAAUCCUUUUGCUAACAAAACAUCUACAAAGUUCCAUACAAUACUUAAUUAUAGUUAGUGACAUUACUCAAUUCACUCAUGCCACGUCUCAAUUAUAUCCUUAACCUUAUAUGUUAUAUAGUCGGUGGAUUUUACCAUAUUCUAAUAGCAACUUUAAUGAAGGUUUAAGUAGGGAUGGAAUGGGCAGGGUACUAUAGUACCCGUCCCCAUACCCGCAAUUUAAAAAAAUUAUUGUACCCGAGCCUAAACCCGCAUAAGUAUUAAUAUUCCAGCCCGUGCUCAUACCCUUUGGGUACCUCAAUGUCUA